GUAUUAUUAGGAUUUUUGGAUAACAACACUCGGUUAAAAUGUCUAAUUGGGCUGAAGGAGUAGAGGAGGACGUGAUUUACAAGGACGGCAGGGAGAAUGAUUUCUACGACGACGAGGAGGACGAACUGGAGGAGGAAGAGGAAGACUUUAUCAAUGAGGAGGAGCUAUGGGCGGAUGCCAAGUUGGUCCGUGAGGUCGAGGCGGAUAUGGAUGGCAACCAAUUCGAGGUGAUUAAGAAAGUCCGGCAAUAUCACGUAGAUCGCCCUAUCACUGAGGUGGAUAUUCGUGCGGCGUUUAAGCGCUUCGGCAAAGGGACUUCGGAUCAGUCCCAAAUUGUCUCGAAGGAGGCCCCACUAGCGCUGGAGCUCGGUUCUGUAGAUCAGUUCGAGCGUGAGAGUAGAAACGAGGUGAAGCGCUUCAUGAAUGAGGUGAGCAACACCGACGUUAAGGUGCCCGAUUUGCACUUGCAAAUCAUCGUGAAGGAGGAGAAUCUCAAGCGGCAGGCCGAGGCGGCGAAGGCCUCGAAGGUGGAUUCUAGCAACGGGGAGACGACCUGGGGAUCGAACCGGACGAGCGCGCCGAAAGAGCGCGAUACGCAGGACUUCAAACGACGUGUGCGCGUUACCAACGUCGGCGAUAACAUCACAGAGGAAAAUCUGCGAGCGAUCUUCAGUGAAAACAAUUGUGUUGUCGAGCGGAUCUAUCUGCCACGUGAUAGGGAUACGAAACAGAAUAAGGGGUUUGCUUUCAUCACAUUCAGUGAUGCUUCUAUGGCUGAACGGACUUUUAAGCGGCGCGACUAUAAGUUCAAGAAUGUAGUGAUGCGUGUGGCAAUGGCUUUGGAUCAGAAGUCGUGAGGCGGUAUGGGUUUGUUUAUAACAAAGUUUUGGUAUUGAAUAAUAACUAACACUGCAAUAAAUAAGACAAGAUACACCUAAACCUUCGGUAGUAUCUAUCAUUAGUACUAUAUGCUGGACUGGUAUUUAAAAGAAA